AUGUCCCCCUCAGCCUGCACGUCAUCUUGCACGUCCCCUCAGCAUGCGCGUCCCCUCGGCCUGCGCGUCCCCUCAGCCUGCGCGUCCCCUCAUCUGCGCGUCCCCUCGGCCUGCGCGUCCCCUCGGCCUGCGCGUCCCAAAGUGUUUGGAGGUCAGGACCUCACAGGACUGGUGGUGUUCAUGUGGUCUCAGAUUCCAGAGGCCUUCCCACAUCCUGCUGGUGCUUCUCCUCACCAGCACACCGUCGUCUCCAGUCCUCCCAGUGCAGCUACGGGCCGGCCAGACGAGGACACGCAGGGGGGUCAUGUCCUCUAUAAGCAAGAGACCGAGAGGGAGGCCCAGAGGAAGACCAGUCAGAACCAGGACCUGUCCGUCAGGCGCAUCCGGGACUUCCUGGAACCGCCAGGGGACGUGAACAUGGAGCACUACCUCCUGCCCCCCGGCACCCUGCUGAGAUAUUCCCUGCUGCUGGACAUCGUUCAGCCCACCUGCAGGACUUCCGUGUGCUUCACUAAAGGCUACGGCCGCUACGUGGAGGGGACGGGCUCAGUGCUGCAGUGCUGCGUGGAGACGGAGAUGGAGAGCGUGUUUGCAGGUCUGGACCAGAUGUCUGAAGACGACAAACUCCAGCAGCUGCUGAAGCUCAAGCUGCGUUACUUCAGCCCCCGAGAGGUGGCCAACCUCAUGGGCUUCCCUCAGAGCUUCUCCUUCCCGCAGCAGAUCAGCACCAAGCAGCAGUACAGAGUUCUGGGAAACAGCCUCAACGUGGUGGUGGUGGCCCGGCUGCUCCGGCUGCUCGUC